AUGGAGAACAUCCUGAUGAACUGUCCCGUGGUUGGCACGACCAACUCGACCCUGCCCCCGUCGCAUCCAGACAUCGACCUUUCCCAACCCGGGCUCGUGUGCCCUGUCGUCGGCGCCACUACGGACCAUCAUCACAACCUACACAAACACCCGAACGUACCCAUCCCGCCCGACCACCCGGCUGGCGAUGCCUCAGCGUGCCCGAUCCUGACCGGCAAAGUGGUCAACGAUCCCAAGAGCAAAGAGAUGGACGAUUCAGUCUGCCCGGUCGUCGGGACUGCUACAACUGUGCUUCCCCCCGACCACCCUAGCACCGAAGGCAAAGAGGACGAGGCAGCCUGCCCGGUGACAAAAGCAAAGGUCGGACACCACAAGGGAAAGCUGGUUGCGCACCCGGACGUGAGCCAUGCUAAGGAAGGCGCGGUCUGUCCGGUUGCUGGGAUCAAGGCUUGA